GGCCGCGGACUGCAGGCGGACGGAGGCGCACGGAAGGAGGGCUGAGCGGCACCGGCACCGGCACGGACACGAUCCUCUCGCGCUCGGACUUACAGGAGGCUACCCGUGGCCCCCCACCAGAUUUAUUCCCCCGCUCUAACCCGAGUGUCUUGGCUUUGUGAGGACCAUGUCCGGCAGCACCGUGGCCAGGGUGCUGGUGGCGCUGUGCAUCGGGAGCGCAGUGAACUGCAUGCCCAAGGGGACGCACAGGACCCGGCGGCAGGGCCAGCAGCAUCACGUCUCCUCCGUCUCCCAAGAGGGUUGCCUAGAGAACGGUAACUUCUACGGCCUUAAUGACCAGUGGGAACGGCCGUUUUUGGGCAACACCCUGAUCUGUACCUGCCACGGAGUUGCAGGAAUCAAGUGCAAAAGCAAGCCCGAAGAUGAGGAAAAGUGCUUCGACAAAAUCAACCAGCAGUCCUACAGUGUGGGUGAAACCUACGAGAGACCCAAGGAUGGCAUGAUCUGGGACUGUACCUGCAUCGGAUCGGGGAGGGGCAAGAUCAGCUGCACCAUUGCCAACCGCUGCCAUGAAGGUGGGGCUUCGUAUAAGAUUGGUGACACCUGGAGGAGACCCCACGAGACGGGAGGCUACAUGCUGGAGUGCGUCUGCCUGGGAAAUGGAAAGGGAGAGUGGACCUGCAAACCUGUCGCUGAGAGGUGCUACGACAACUCGGCGGGAACGUCGUAUGUUGUUGGUGAGACCUGGGAGAAGCCGUACCAGGGCUGGAUGGUCGUGGACUGCACCUGUUUGGGAGAGGGAAGCGGACGCAUCACCUGCACCUCCAGAAAUCGCUGCAAUGACCAAGAUACCCUGUCCUCCUACCGCAUUGGAGACACUUGGACCAAGACGGACGCCCGCGGACACCUGCUGCAGUGCCUGUGCACCGGGAACGGCCGAGGGGAGUGGAAGUGCGAGCGACACGCCUCACUUCACACCACGGGCUUGGGCACUGGCUCUCGCGUGAUCACCAACAUCCAGCCUGCCAUCUACCAGCCCGCCGGCGUACCCGAGCUUGCACAGGAGGGACCCUGUAAGACCGAGACGGGGUUGUCCUACUUCGUCGGCCAGCGCUGGAUCAAAACCCAGGGACAGAAGCAGAUGAUCUGCACUUGCCUUGGCAGCGGAGUCAGCUGCGACCAAUGGGAUGGACCAGCUCCAGUGUAUGGGGGCAACUCCGGAGGGCAGCCCUGUGUGUUCCCGUUUGUCCACAAAGGCAAAACCUACCACUCCUGCACCUCUGAUGGACGGAGCGACGGGCAGCUCUGGUGUUCCACCUCUUCUGAUUUCGAGACCGAUCAGAAGUAUUCUUUCUGCACAGAGCAGAACGCGGUUGUGGUUACUCGUGGUGGUAAUUCUAAUGGCGCUCUGUGCCAGUUCCCCUACCUCUAUAACGGUCGAAACUACACCGACUGUACCGCGGAUGGACGGCGGGACGGCAUGAAGUGGUGCGGCACAACCACAAACUAUGAUGGAGAGCAGCGCUUCGGUUUCUGUCCCAUGGCCGCCCACGAAGAAGUGUGCACAACUAGUGAGAUGGUGAUGUACCGUGUCGGCGACCAGUGGGACAAACGACAUGACGUCUUGGGUCACAUGAUGAGGUGUACCUGCGUCGGCAACGGCAGAGGAGAGUGGAGCUGUGUUGCUUAUUCCCAGCUUAAAGACCAGUGUAGCGUGGACGGCCUGACCUACGAGGUCAACCAGACCUUCACCAAGCAGCACGACGAGGGAUACAUGAUGAACUGCACCUGCUUCGGGCAGGGGCGGGGCCGCUGGAAGUGUGACGCCAUUGAUCAGUGCCAGGAGCCGGAGACCAGAGCUUUCUACCAGAUUGGGGAGUCUUGGGAUAAAGUCAUCAAUGGGAUCAUGUACAAGUGCUAUUGCUAUGGAAACGGUGUGGGAGAGCUCAGCUGUGAGCCCCAGCAGUCAUACCCUGGCGGACAUCGUCCGGUCCAGGUGAUCAUAACAGAGUCAGGAAACCAGCCCAACUCCCACCCGAUUCAGUGGAACGCCCCUCCGUCUGCCCACAUCACCCAGUACAUCCUCAAAUGGAAAGUGAAACACACGUCCAACCCCUGGAGGGAGGUGGUGAUCCCCGGCCAUCUCAACUCCUACACCAUCUCCGGCCUGAAGCCAGGCAUCACCUACGAGGGUCAGCUCAUCAGCGUGCUGCGGUUUGGACGCAGAGAGGUCACCCGUUUUGACUUCACCACCAACCACGGCUCAUUGGCGACAACUCAGGGCGAGACCACCAUGCUUCCUCCUGUGAUCGACAUCUCCGAGUCGGUGACUGAGAUCACCUCCAGUAGCUUCGUCGUCUCCUGGGUCUCUGCCUCCGACACGGUUUCCGGCUUCAGGGUGGAGUACGAGCUCACUGAGCAUGGCCAGACCACCGGGCAGCCCGUGGUGCUGGACCUGCCUCGUUCAACUACCUCAGUCAACAUUAAUGAACUUCUGCCUGGAAGGAAAUACACUGUUAAUGUGUAUGAGGUGACAGACAGUGGAGAAGACAACCUCAUUCUGACAACUUCACAAACAACCGCACCCGACGCUCCCAAGGAGCAUGAAGUGGAGGACGUAGGAGACACUUCCAUCGUGAUUACCUGGGAAAAACCACUGGCCCCCAUCACUGGCUAUCGAGUCGUCUACACGCCGUCAGUGGAAGGCGAGAGCACCGAGCUGAGUCUCCCCGACACCGCCACGUCGGUGACCCUGAGCGACCUCCUGCCUGGGAAGAUGUACAACAUCAGCAUCUACGCUGUGGAGGACAGUCUGGAGAGCGAGCCCAUUUUCGUCCAGGUCAACACCUCCGGAGAUCCGCUGCCAGAUGAAGUCACUUCUCCCACCGACCUGCAGUUCUUUGAAGUGUCCGACAAAAAGAUCGUCCUGACCUGGUCCGGCCCGCCCGGUUCCGUCUCUGGUUACCGGGUCACGGUGGUCCCUGUGGAAGAGUCGGGCUCUCCGCAGAGGGAGAUGACUCUGCCCGUCAGUCAGAACUCCUACAUUGAGGUGACGCACCUGCAGCCCGGCACGCUGUACCGCUUCAGCGUCUACACCAUUCACAACGGAGAGGAGAGCUUACCGCUCAUUGGGGAACAAACUACUAAGCCAGAUGCCCCCACCGACAUCCACUUUUCCAACAUCACCGAGGACAGUGCAGUGAUUCUGUGGUACGCGCCUCGCGCCAAAAUCACCGGCUACCGCCUGUUCCUCACCGUCGAGGGCUCUAAUCCCAAGCAGCUGCGCCUGCCGGCCCGCCUCUCGCAGUACACCCUCCUCAACCUGCAGCCCGAGACCGAGUACACCGCCACUCUGCAUUCCGAGCAGGACAACACACUGAGCGAGGGGGAGACAGCCGUCUUUACUACUGGCCCAGCAAUGGGAAAUGCUCCCACUUUCAACACUGAUGUGACUGAUACCUCCAUCAUCAUCUCCUGGACUCCGGUUCCUCACAUUGGGUACAAGCUGACCGUACGGCCCAGUCAGGGCGGGGAGGCCCCCAGAGAUGUGACCUCUGACUCAGGAAGCAUCUACAUUUCUGGCCUCACUCCAGGAGUGGAGUACACCUACAGCGUGCAGCCGGUCAUUAAUGGAUAUGAGCAAGGAAAUGCAAUCACUCGCCGCAUUGUGACUCCUUUGUCUCCUCCUACUGAUCUCAACCUGGAGUCCAACCCGGGCACUGGUGAGCUGAUUGUCCACUGGAACGGAGCAAGUACACCCGACAUCACUGGCUACAAAGUGACCUGCACUCCCACCAAUGGGCAGCAAGGAAACAGCGUGGAGGAGUUUGUGGAGGCGGGAGAGAAUUCCUGCACCCUGGAGAACCUCAGUCCCGGAGUGGAGUACAAUGUCAGCGUCGUUACCGUGAAGGACGACAUGGAGAGCGUUCCUGUAUCAACGACCAUCACACCAGAGGUGCCAAAGCUGACCGACCUCAGCUUCGAGGACGUGAGCGACACCACCAUCAGCCUCCGCUGGUCACCGCUCAACACCACCACCGUCACCGGCUACCGCAUCACGGUGGUGGCGGCCGGCGAGAGCAUCCCCAUCUUCAGCGACCUGGUGCAGUCCACCACGGGCCACUACACCGUGUACGGCCUGGAGCCUGGCAUCGACUACAACAUCAGCGUGAUCACCGUGACCGAGAGCGGCGAGAGCGAGCCCACCACGCUCAUUCAGCAGACCUCCGUGCCAGCACCCACCGGCCUGGGCUUCGGUGAAGUUGGGCCCGACACUUUGAAAGUCACCUGGUUCGCUCCCAGCGUCCCAAAUCCUGCAGACAUUGACAAUUUCCUUAUUAGAUAUCACCCCAUUGACGACGAAGAUGAAAUUACAGAAACCAGCGUUGGAGGCAGCGACAGCAGCGUGGUGCUCAGGAAUUUGCUCCCGAACACGGAGUAUCUGGUGAGCGUGGUGUGUGUUUAUGAGCAGAGGGAGAGUUCCCCCGUCGUUGGAACGAAGAAAACAGCUCUGGAUUCGCCGGUCGGCCUCCGUUUCUCUGAGAUCUUCACCAACUCCUUCACCAUCCACUGGCUCGCUCCGCAGAGCAAAAUCGGCGGUUAUCGAAUCCGUUACCAGAAGGUCAGCGGCGGCAGGUCCAAGGACGAGCGGCUGCCCCCCUCCAGAAACCACUUCACCCUGACGGCCCUCACCCCCGACACCGAGUACUUGGUCAACAUCUUCGCCGUGAGCGGCACGGAAGAGAGCCAGCCACUCAGUGGGAAACAGAAGACAAUCUCCGAUGCUCCUACUGAACUGGAAGUGCUGGACUCUGCCCCCACCAGCAUCACUGUUCGUUGGACCGCCCCUCCAGUCACUGUCCGCUACUACAGGAUCACUCACGGAGAGUCUGGAGGUCACAGUAAUCCCAAGGAGUUCACAGUUCCUGGCUCCCAGUCCACAGCCACGAUCAACAACUUGAAGCCCGGUACCGACUACACCGUGACCGUCUACGCCGUGACUGGCAGAGGAGACAGCCCCGCCUCCAGCAUCCCCAUUUAUGUCACACACAAAACAGGCGUCGACUCUCCCUCUGAAAUGGAAGUGACUGACGUGAACGAUAACAGCGUCACGGUGAGGUGGAGUCCGGCUCAGGGCCCCAUCAAGGGCUACAGAGUCACCGGAGUUCCCAAAAACGGACAGGGACCGUCCUUCACUGAGGUGGUGGCUCCAGACCAGACAGAAUUCACGUUCUCGGGGCUGAUGCCGACAGUUGAAUACACUCUGAGCGUGUUCGCUGUUGGACAAGAUGGAGAAAGCACUCCACUGGUGGCGAACGCUGUAACAAAUGUUGACCGUCCCAAGGACCUGAGCUUCUCAGAUAUCGACUCCACCUCCCUGCGGAUCAGCUGGGACAGCCCCGAGGGAAUCGUCACCUCCUACCGGGUGCUUUAUUCCAGUUCGGAGGAGGGUGAGAGGGAGCUGCGCCCGGCCCCCCGCGGAGACGCCGAGUCCACCAUCAUCUACGGUCUGCAGCCCGGCACCGAGUACACCGUGAAGGUCAUCGCCUUGCACGACGGCACAUCCAGCACGCCACUGGUCGGAACUCAAGCUACAGCGAUCUCUCCUCCGUCAAACCUCCAGUUCUCCCAGGUCGGCCCGACGUCGUUCACCAUGCGCUGGGCCGUGCCGGACCAGGGGAACCGGCUGAACGCCCUCCCGGGACUCACGGGCUACCGCGUGGUGGUGAACCCCAAGAACAAGAGCGGCCCCACCAAAGAGAUCAACCUGGCCCCGGACGCCACUCAGGCGCACAUCUCGGGACUCAUGAUUGCAACUUCCUAUGAAGUCCAUGUUUACGCCCUGAAGAACUCUCUGACCAGCCGGCCAGUUAAAGGAGAAGUCACCACCCUGGAGAAUAUCAGCCCGCCCCGUCGCGUGCGCAUCUCAGACGUGAACGAUUCCUCCAUCACUCUGUCCUGGAGGUCCAAGACAGACGCCAUUUCCGGGUUCCUGGUGGAAGCCACGCCCACCACCUCCUCUUCGGGCUACGUCCCCAUUCAGAAGACCAUCGGUGCCGACUCGCGUUCAUACACUAUCACAGGUCUGGAGCCGGGCACCAAUUAUAAAAUCAACAUCUACACACUGAAAGGCAACGGGCGCAGCAUGCCGCUCACUCUCACCGCCACCACAGCCCAGCCGCUGGUCAUCCCUCCCACCAACAUUCGCUUCACCUCCCUGAAUCCGACCAGCAUUUCCUUCAUGUGGGAGCCAUCCCGCAGUCCGCGGGUCACCGGUUAUUACAUCACCUAUGAAGAAGCCGGCGGUCUGCCCCGGGAACUCAUCCCAAGACCUCACGCAGGCCAGUCCUACGCCAAUGUCGACGGUCUGAAGCCAGGAACUGAGUACGUCAUUAAGAUCGUAGCACUGCAGAACACUUUGAGAAGCACGCCUCUGGUGGGCAAAGCCAGAACACAACCGGCUACUGAUCCUCAGCUGCUGGUCCCAGAGCUCCCUCAGCUUCCUGUUCCAAAUCGCCCCACCACUGACAUCCUGGACGUCCCCGAGUCCUUCAAUGACAAGAUUUUUGACACAAAUACUGUCCACCUGGCCGGUACCGGCGGCCAGAGUCAGCCAGGCCAGCAGGGUCAGCACAUUUACACAGAGUACCAGAGCCUGGGGCCCAACAACGGAUUGCACGGACCCUUCAGUGGACCCAAGGAAGGCCAGAGGCCCACCCUGAGGGAACCCCUGGUUUACAUCCCUGCAGCCGGCCCAGACGGAAACAGAGUCCCCUUAGUCAAGGUGAGCGACGGCCCUCUGCCAGGACUCGCGUUCGGCUUCCCCGACAACGAAACGGAGUUUCCCCAAGAGGCCCAGACGAUCACCACCAUCUCCUGGCAGCCCAUCCCCCUCACCUCGGAGUACGAGGUGUCGUGCAGCCCCAUCACACAGCUGGAGGAAGGCGGCUUCCAGAUGCGUCUUCCGGGCACCUCCAACAGCGCCACGCUGAUCGGACUGACAUCCGGGGAGUCCUACAACGUGGUGGUGGAGGCCAUGAGAGGCGGGGCCAAGGAGAAGGUUCUGGAGGAAGUCGUAACCGUCGGCAAUGCCGUCCCAGGCGACAUCCCCGUUACCGCCAACCGGGACGUGUGCUUCGACACGUUCACGCAGACGUACCACGAGGUGGGCUCGGAGUGGGAGCGCAUGUCCGAGACGGGCUUCAAGCUGUGGUGCCGCUGCCUGGGGCUCGGCAGCGGCCACUUCAGGUGUGAUUCAUCCAAGUGGUGCCACGACAAUGGAAAUAACUAUCGCAUCGGAGAGAAGUGGGACCGCCAUGCUGAGAACGGUCAUAUGAUGAGUUGCACCUGUCUGGGCAACGGCAAGGGAGAGUUUAAAUGUGAACCUCAUGAGUCGACGUGUUAUGACGACGGGAAGAUGUAUCAGGUUGGAAACCAGUGGCAGAAGGAAUACCUGGGAGCCAUCUGUACCUGCACCUGCUAUGGUGGACAACAGGGCUGGCGAUGUGAGAACUGCAAAAGACCCGGAGCUCAGACCGAUGUGGACGCUGACCUCCUGCAGCCCGUCCACUCAGACGCUUUCGACCGCUACAGGGAGAAUGCUCUACGCAAACUGAACAUCCAGUGUCCGAUUGAAUGUUUGAGGCCCGAGCUGCUCGCAGACGCACUCAACGCCUCAGAUUAGAGGGAGUGAAGAAGUAAAGGAGGAGAAAGAAGUGAGGCCCCUUCCUUCUCAGCAUCAACGCCACUUCAAGAAGGAAUCUCCUCCCGCUGCCACCAAAGAAAAGGACUUUUCCAUCACAUUUGUGCCUUAAAGGGUUUCACCACAUCGAUGUGUAGUGCCUUAAAAAAAAGACUUUUCUGCUCCAAACAUCUGUUCACUCCUGAAAAUGGAGAAAGAGAAGAAUUUGACGUGUUUCUCACCGAGCACAACUUCUGCUGCUUUCUCACCUUCACCCAGCAAACCGUCUGCAAACACACACACACACACACACACACACACACACACACACACACACACACACACACACACACAAACUGCAGUCAUUUUAUGUAUUUCCAUCAUUGCUUUGGAGCUUUGUUUUAUUGCAGAACAUUCCAUCACAUUUGUUUUUCUGAACACAUUAAAUCACUGAAAAUCUCUAAAUGUAACAGAUUUUAAUUGAUCCGGUUUUUCCCAUGAUGGCUGGAACUAACAUCGAUUUCCACUGUGACCAACAUGUUUUUUAAAUACCUAAUGAAUGAUUUUGUGGGUUCCAAGACAUUUCUAAAUUCUAGCAUUGUUCUGGUAGAUUUUUAUUUUUUCCCCCAACGUAACGUGUUCUGUUUGUCUUUCACUGACAUUGUCACACAGAGAUUAGAAUGAAAUAUUCCCAAGAACGUUUUGUCAACUUUGUUGAAAGAUAGUUUUUUAAAAGUAACUUUCCUGUAAAAUGUUCAGCUACUUGUGGGGGUGAAGUUACUGUACUUUGCCUUUAUAAACUGUUGAUCUAGAUCUACACUUCACCCAUCUUUUAAGCCACUGACCAAAAAGUGUGAACUGUUACAUAAGAGAAAAAUCAAAAUUUCCCUAUAUUUUGUAUUUUUUUAAUUCAGUUCUUUUAUUUAUCCCUUUUUAUGUAGGCAUUUUGUCUGAUGCUAUUUUUGGGUGUACACUUUAUUUUUUUUUUUUAAUAGUUUUCUUUUUUUUAAUAUUGUUGGUGCCAGAACCUGAACUACUGUGGAUUGAAUCUUUUUAAUAAACU